UGUCAAAAAGUUUGUUUUGAGUUGUCAUUAAUUUGUCACAUUUUUAGUUUGUACACUGUUAACAGUUGUAUUUUUACGACUUUACAAAUAUUUUAUAAUGAUGUAUAGUUAGGUGAUUAAUUUAAACAAGUAAUCCUUAUUUGUAUAGGUUUAAUCAAGAUAUUUGGUAUAUUAUUCUGAUGUAUAAAUUAAUAACACAUAAUAGAUAGGUAGUCUUAUUUUCAUAUUACAUGGAUAAAAAAUUAGCAGAGUACAGAGCCCAAAAGAAAAGAAAAGAGUUUAUACAGUCAUCAAAAGAAAGGUUUUAUUCCAUUUUUCGAAAUGUCAAAUUAAAAGAUGAAAUGAAUGAAGAAGAAAGUCAUAAGGAUGAAGGAAUAGAGAUAGAACAUGAUCAUUGCAGUAUUUCAUCAGAUGGAGAUACCAGUUCUACCGAUGAAAACCAAUGCUGUGAUGAACUAACAUAUUCCAAGAUAUCUCUGUAUUUUUCACUGUGGUUAAUAUUGUUUUCGUUAGCAAUAUACCUUGAAUUUGGAGCUGUUUAUUUUGUAAUAUCUCUAAUGUACAUAAUCUGGACGAACACUAGGACAGGACCAAAGAGGAGAGGGGAAAUUAGUGCAUACUCUGUGUUUAAUCCCAACUGUGAGGCGAUCGACGGCACUUUGAAACCUGAACAGUUUGAAAAAGAGAUUCGAUAUGGUGUAUUGUGAAAAACGAUAAUAUUGUAUAAAUAUUGACAUAUAUUUUAUAAACAACUUUGAUAAUUUA